AAAGAAUUCAUAGUGGAGAGAAGCCCUAUAAAUGUGAAGAAUGUGACAGAUACUUUAGAUGGCACUCAGACCUCUCUAAACAUAAAAGAAUUCACACUAGAGACAAGCCCUAAAAAUGUGAACAAUGUGGCAAAGCCUUUAAACAGUUCGCACAUCUUUAUGUGCAUAAAAGGAUUCCUACUGGAGACAAAGUAUACAAAUGUGAAGAAUGUGACAAAGCCUUUAAUCGACACUCAUACCUUUCUGCACAUAAAAGAAUUCAUCCACAAGGAAACCCUACAAACGUUAGAAUGCAGAAAAAUAUAUUGCUCAAGGUUUUCCAUUCAUAAGAUCAUUCAUACACGAGAGAAACCCUGGAAGUAUAAAGAAGGGACCGUUGACAUUGAGGGAUGUGACCAUAGAAUUCUCUCCGAGGAGUGGGCAUGCCUGGACCCUGCCCAGAAGAAUUUGUAUAGGGAUAUGAUGUUAGAGAACUUCAGAAACCUGUUCUCCCUGGGUCUUGUUGUCUCUAAGCCAGACCUGAUCCUCUGUCUGGAGCAAAGGAAAGAACCCCGGAGUGUGAAGAGACAUGAGACAGUAGCAGAACACGAAGCUCGGGAGGCCCGGGUGGCUCUGCCGCAGCCUCUGUCACUUUGGGACCUGCAGGCACUGGGAGAGCCGUGGCCCAGAUGCCCGGACACCGCAGACGGUGGCAAAUGGUGGACAGUUUGUGACAGUGGAUAGCUCCAUGGAUAACCUGUUGCCUAGAUGUCUGAGUUUAAUGGUAAAUUUUAUGACACAGAACUCAGCACCACCUAUACUAGUGUUCACAUAGGAUGAACUUGUGAACUAAAAUGCUCAACCCCUACCGGCUGACUGAAUGGACCCCCUCGUGGCUAGAGGAAUGUUCAAGGG